UUUAAAAAGCAGGCCAACCUGUCUUGUUGAGGUACAAGUAAUCACAAGGCACCAGAGGAGUCAGAGGCGGAGAAUACCUGGGCUGUCGGCACAACAGCAAAUACCGACAGCCCCACAGAACAAGUCAGGGAGCGUGUCCAGUAAUGGUAGCAGCCUGCAAACGCAGCGUCACACGUAGACCACAUUUAAAUGACUCAGAUUCUUCACUACAACUGCAAAACAAGUGCGAAGAUUUUACUCAGACUCGUCUAGUGUCCACGUUGACACAAUGAGCUGCAGCAGUGUUGCAGGAUCAGAGUUCUCUGAGGAAGAGCUGGAGCUUGGCGUGCUUGGCCAAGGGGAGGACGAGGGAAGUCCCAAGGCAUCUUUCCGAGACAGUGAGAGCUCAACCAGCAGCCCAAGCGACCCAGAGGAAGGCCAGACCAAGAAGCGCAAUCGACCCGUCCGCUCAAAAGCUCGAAGAAUGGCUGCCAAUGUCCGCGAGCGAAAACGCAUCAUGGACUACAACCAGGCCUUCAAUGCCCUUCGUGUUGCUCUGAACCAUGACCUCAGCGGCAAACGGCUCUCCAAGAUUGCCACACUGCAGAGGGCCAUCAACCGCAUCUCUGCUCUCUCAGUAUUCCUGAGCUCUAACCCCCCCAGCAAGCCCUGCACCCACCGGGAGUGCAACAGGUCAUCUGCGGGGCCAGCAGCGAUGGGAGCAUCUCGACUCGAGCAGACCAGGGUAACGGUUCCUCGCCUGGAGCAUCAGAGUUACGUCCCCUGGCACCCGUCCAUCUCUCACCAGAUGCAGCCACAACAAGGGCCUCACAUGCACAGGCUGCCCACGGAGCCGCACGUCUACAUGGAUAACACUGUGUCAUCGUGUCCCCCGUCACCACACUACCCUUGUUAUCCCACUGAGGGACAGCUUUAUGCAUCACAUGGACACUGCGGCAGCCCCCACGACCAUCCGCCCAGUCCUCUGCGAUACCCUCAGGUGGGUGAGGGGUUGGGGUACCAGCCGGGGGUGUGGGCCUCCUGCACUCAGAGAUUCAUGGACACUUUUGUGGAGCCGUCUCCAGCUCUGGGACUUCCCUGGCAGGUGAGCUACCUGCAGGAGCCGGAGCACAGCCUCUCUCUGUGCUCUGAUGUACUGUAACAGGGUACACCCACCACUGUGGGCCCCGAACUCACCAGUGGACUGUUGAAUGACCUCAGGGAGAAAACUGUUUUUGUGUUUCUGCUGUUGGAAUCAACUCAGUAACAGUAACACAGAGCAGAGUCAUUGUGAUGUAAUUAACAGAUAUAAAUAAGUGCAAUGGAAAUCGAGACUGCAGAAUGUUGUAUAUACUGGGUAUUUGCUGUAUUGCUGUGGAUAAUUCACCCAUAGAAUUGUGCUCUAGUUGUUUAAUUGUCAUCUUUUGGCCUUCUGCAAAAGCUGAAUUAUUGGAAAUGAUGUGACAUUACAAAAUGUGUGAUAUUAAAAGGAAACAUAAACACAUUAGUAGACUAAUCAACAAAGAUGGGACAGUUUCCAUAUGUGCUAUACUGUUAUGUAACUUGUUCUUACACUUUUCUUUCAAGUAGUGGGAAGUGCAUCUUAAGGAAAUGUAAGCCCAAAAUUCAACAUUUGUUAAUGUAUUUAUUCUCUGUAUUACAUAAAAAGGUCAUGACAUGUUUGUAAAGUUGUAAAAAGUUUGUACAUGAUUUUCCAAGCUUCAAAAUUAAAUGUUAAAAUUAUA